AUGUUAACGGCGAGGGCUUCAUUAGCAUGUAGCCGGUUUCGAUUUGGCCCCAUGAUGGCCCGGCGCUGGGCUUCAUCUUCCGACUCUACAUCUGACAGUCCUACUGCUCAGCCUACUUCUCAGUCUGAUUCUCCUCACGGCGUCAAGCUACCGCCGCGCGCACAGAAACUGGUCAUUUUAAAUGCGCGCAGCGCGCGGAUUCUGCCGCGACCACGGCCCAUGGUGCGCAAGGGAGGCAAGGACGACAUUAAUAUGGACCAGCUGGAUGCACAGCUCAAGAAGCUGCUCAAGUUCAAGCGUGACGUGCCUUACGAAGUGAUUCUCCAAAGCAUCACGCAGCUACGGCCGUCUACUCAGCUUGUGUCGCGCAAACGUUACGAGCAACUUUACAAUGAUAUUAUUCGCGCAUAUACUGUGCCGCAACUAAGGGACUUUGUAAAACAAAACGAUGCUCAGGCACCGUGUAGCACGUGGCGUAAAACGAUUCUGUCACGGUACAUUCUUGACCGUCUGUGGGGGCUUAAACCGUCGAUGGAAAUUGACGAGUCGUCGGACGUUAUUGUGGAAAACUCGAUGGACUUGUCGCUGCGCGAUAUCUUCUUGAUUGUUGCCCGCAACGGUCAGCUUGCUCGGUCGUGGACUAAAUCCGGAGCCAAGAUUGUGGUUCUUCCCGAUCACCAACAGAUUGUCAUUCGUUCGACAAAGGAUACAUUUAAAUGGAUUCAGGUUUCUAUGAUGAAUGCGCUUAGCAAUGUUGUCACCAAGGAGUUUGACUUGACUCCGUUUACCAGCAUUAUCAACAUUGACGAGCUGCCAUUGGAAACCAUCCAACGACUUUCUGAUACCUAUAUUGAUCGGCAAGGGACACGGCUGGUAGCCUCUGCUCUUGGUCGCAAGUUUUUGAACCGGGCCGAGCGCUUUAUUUGGGGGUCUGUAGGCUACAGCCCGCGGUUGGUAGAAUCGUACUUGCAUGAUACGAAUGAAGUAAAUACCAAGCGCGGGGUUUUGACUCAAAUCAUUAACGACGACGCACUGGGGUGGAUUGACCGGGAUAAGGAGUGGGCGCGCUGGAAGCUGGCCAAGUCCAAAGUGAGAAAGAGCGAGGUAGCUAAGGAGAGUGUGGAUAUUGUUAAUGUUUUUGAUGAGUUGGCUACAAAGACUUGGGAAAAUGAAAAGGAUACCACUGUGAAGGAUGCAGAAGCUUCUUUGGCGGCUCUUAAUCUGGAACUUUUACAAGUGAAGCCUACGAAGCAAAGCUUGGAAGUUCUUAAGGAGGAUUUUGCUACAACCAUUACAGAUUCUAUUUUGAAGACGUUCAAGUCAGUUAAGUUUAGUGGGCUGGAUACGGAGGCCCCACCUCAUGUGACUGUUGCGGCGACAUUUGGUAAUAUUCUUCACCAAGCUAGUGAUAAGAGUUCCCUUUUGAAGGAGUUUUCUAGUGAGUCGAAGAGUGUUCCGAAAACCACGUUUUUGACGGACGUGGCCAAUGUGCUGGAUCAGUGCCGGAAACUGCCACAGUUUAAGUAUGAGACGGAGGAAGCUGAAGAAUAUGAGGGGUUACUAGAUGAAGAUAUGUUGGGGAACCCUAGUGAAGGCAUUUCUUUGGCCAAGCCGACCGACCCAUCACCAACGAUUCGUACGCUUCUUGACGAAAGCAAGACACCAUCAGAGCAUCUUACGGAAUUGUUUGAAGCGACAGCGGAGCGGGAAAGCGAGAUUACAGACGAGCAUUCUUAUUAUGUGCAAAUGAAGUUUUUGCCAAGUCCGUUUUUACAUGACGGCACAUCGACAGCAGCUGACAAUAUUGUGUCUGCGGCACAGUUUAAGGAAUUCCCGCCAAUGGAAAUGUGGUUGGAGAUUGAUGAAGAUGAACGGGCGGUCAAUGAGAGUGUGAAUGUUGUUUUUGUGCUAAAGGAGGCCAAUACAUAUGUUUCUUUGGCGCACUUGAAUACGGACGUUAAGUUUUCGGCAGCAAAGACUGAGUUUGUAUUAGAUCCUGGAAGUGUGUAUGAUGCAGAAGGAAGUGAUUCAUUGUCUGAACUAAAAAAACAAAGACUGACAAAUGUGCGAGAGUACCUGGGUAAGUCACGACUUGAUUUCUCUGGGCUUGUGAACAUUAGCGCCCCGAAUCAGUUGUACCUGGCAAUGUCUGUGCCAGACAGUAAGACAGGUGAGCAUAAGAUAGUUUCUGUGCCGUAUAUGUACCACUCUAUGGUGUACCGGAAACAGACUGACUUGAAGUAUAAGGGUCAUAUUCUGCAGUUGGCAACGGUUGAGGGAGGUGUGGUAAGUGGCCGACGCACAGAGGCCAAUCUGGUGUUGGAUCUGGCAGAGGCUCAAGUGUUUGAGGGGACCGAGAAAGAAGAUGAGGAGAAUUAUAAGAUGCUGAGGACAUUUGUGGAAGCUUCGAUGGAGUUUGUGCGACAGUUGGAGGUACCUAGCCGUGGGGGGAGAGUUUUUAUUUAG